CUUCCGGUGUCGUCGUAGACUGUAUUUCGAUUAACGAGGCACACAUCCGCGCGCAAAGUGCACGUAUUCCGGAGAAUGACUUCACUCGCUUGCAGGUGUGCAUUGUAUUUAGAUGAUAUCGAUUGCGGGUCGCACGUCAUAGGUCGGCCUAGAAUCGACCCCUCGUGACACAGUUACACUCUGGUUACACGGUGCUCUGGCACGAAAGUCAUCACGAAAUCCGUGGUAUUACUAUCCUCGACAGCUGAGUUGCAAAUGGCUAAAGAACCAUCUUUCUUUUUCAGACUUUUUGUCGCCUUUUUCCUUUCUCUAGCUCAGAUUCGAAAGAAGACCGAUUCCAUUCGUCUCUGUAUAAAGUGAAAAGUUUUACGAGGUUCGUGCGAUAUUUAUUCGUGCAUUUUAUGUACAUAAGUAUUAUUACGUGUAUUAUGCAGAGCACUUUGGAAUUUCGUUAAUGUUGCAAUGACUGACGCGAUUGCUUAAACUAAUUUGAGAGCGACGAAUUGAACGAUAUUCGCUGUGAACGUAUGUUUGCUGAAAACCAGUGUACGUGAGUGAAUAGUCAGUGUUGAUGAUUUGUUUGUUUCAAAUCUGACCAAUAUAAUUGUGAUCGUUUUACUAGAGUGUUAAUGAAAUGUCAGAAUUGAGAGGAGAAUUCUUCAAUAACCUACACUUCUUUAACUACAAGUCUACAUUAGAAUAUUGGUGGGAAGUGUACCUCACACACAAAAUAAUUCCAACAAACAAGGAAAUCACGUAUCCGCGAGUUAAACUCGGUUAAGUUCGAUCGUAUCUUUCGGAUUUUCCCGGGAAUCGAGCUGAGGGGAUGAAAAGAUGAGAGGGCGCCGCUCGGGCAAACAGGUCGAUACGACAUGCGCGCUCAUUCUCCAUCGACGACUCUGCUGGAAUGGACCCGUGCUGAUUCUGCAGUUGUAAAACGCAUCACGUCAAGAGAAGUCUCGUGUUCUGUGUCGUCUGUUCGAGACACGAUGACCGGAAUAAAUGACGAAUAAAUUAGCGAGCGAGGUAAAAAGAUGCGGAGGCUCGAUCGUGAUGUAACGUGAAAUUUGUGUUGUUUCGGUUACCGGUGUCUCUUUCUUUGCGAUCUCGGCGAUUCAAGUUGAACAGAGCGCAAGAGGAGUAAGAAAUUACACAAAAUGGGGACUAGAUUCGCAGCGUACUCGUUAAAAUUGACUAGCCUCCACGAUUACUAUCAGAGACUUCUCCACGGAAGUCAACCUGUACCUUCCGGCCUUGACAUGGCAAACACACUCAAGUUCUUCUCUCAAAUGCUGCUGUCUCUGUUGAAAGAGGUUCACGAAUCGCCACUCGAAAUGGUGAAAUCACAAAAGUACGACGCGGAGCGCAUGGCGCUUUACCCGAACUUGGAUUACAAACAGCUGUACAACGCCCUCACUCAGCUGAUCGACGUUGUUUCCUCCAUUCACAUCGGUCUACAAGCGUUUGGCCAAGCAUUGCUACAAUGUCUCGCGUGUCUGUUGCCAUUUCUGGAUCACGAUCUGAUCGACAACGUGGCCUACCUCACGGCCAGCUCCAUUUCGGUGCUUCCAAUGGAACUUCAUCAAGAUAUCGUCAACUAUCUUUGUUACUACAUUCUGCCAUUCACCAUCACAAGGAAGACCGAGGAUGGAACGGAAAACGCAGCCAGCCAAUCGAUAGCAGCCGUUAUCAUGAUGAUCUUUCAAUAUUCCAGUAACCCAGCACACCAUUGCCAACUACUGGAGUGUCUAAUGGCACUGAAACCAGGCGUUGUCAAGGACAUUCUCUGCGUGGUUGCUUAUGGCACAGCUCCUGCAAGAGCCUCAGCAGCGAAAUUGUUAUUCUACUACUGGCCAUCGUUCAAUCCGAACCUCUUCGAUCGCAGAGCGGUUUUAGUAAAAUUCGCAAAUGAUCUGGCACCGUUCGUUUGUCAAAGAGAUUCCUGUCCGAACGCGGGCAACGCCGAAGCUGGCAAAGUGUGUUACGAUCAUCGGAUAUCCAUCACGUUCGCUACCGAGACACCGCCACCCAUGUAUCUCUGCAUCGAGUGCGCGAACGAGAUACACAGGGCGCAUCCGAAUCAACUGUUCUACGACAUCUUGCACCCCAUGCAACAGGUGUCGAUGAUAUGCGAAAACAAGAAUUGCAAGGCCACGGACAAGUCGGCGAUCAGUGUUUGUUUCUCCACCGAGUGCGCCAGUUACAACGGGAACCAUCCGAUUCGUUAUUGCCAGAAGUGCCACAACAAUCGACACGACAAAGGUCGGGGCGAGGACCACGUGUAUCACACAGCGUUGCCGCACAUAUCGAAGAUGGAUCCACAGACGCAGGCCUACAUGGUCCAGGCGAUUGUCAGCCUGCUUAAGGAAGCUGAACCGCUAAGUAUGGAUAGUAAUCGAGACAUCUCGGAAAUAAGUACUAAUAAGGGAAGCGCAGGAUUCCCAGGGAGCGGCGGCGGAAGCAGCGGGGCCGGUUCCGGUAGCGGAAGCGGCGGCCAGUUCGAUUCGGCGACGUUGGAGGAGAGACAGCUACUAGGGAGAUACGGUGUCUGGCUGCUAGUGGGUCUUUGCACCCCGAACCAAGACACCUCGAUCGAAAUACUCGGCCGUUUAUUGUCAAUGCUAUUUCAUUGGUUUCAUGUUACUGCCUACUCUUUCGAUGGUACUAAAAAAAGCCUUAUGCACCUUAUCUUUUCUGUUGGACAAGCGGAGAGCGCGUUGGAGAAGUUGAAAACCGAAUACGUUUGCGGAUGGUUGUCGGAGGUGAUGAAAACGCACUACGAGGUUUUCAUUUCCUGUCUUCUCCCACAUCCGGCGGAUUACGUACGAGUCGGAGGACACUGGGAGACACUGGCUUCGAGAACGUCACACCUGAAAGAUGGCCUAAAUCGCCUGUUCUGCUUGGUUCCCUACGAAGUGAUCACCCCAGACGUCUGGGACUACGUGAUGCCACAUUGGAUGGAGGCUAUGGUGAACGACGUACCAGAGUACGAGCUUCACGAGCUAAAAAUGAUCCUAUGCAAAAUUUUGGAUCGAGACAUGAGCCCCCUGGGCUUCGACGCUAAGAAGAUGUACAACUUUGUGGCGAAACGGUUCGUCAAUACAUGUGCAAAGGUUCAAGAACAGGCUCUGAAUUGGCUGCAAACACUCACUAUGUUGGAGAUUAGUAUCCCUCUCUGUCAACUGUUCUCCAUGUUCAGCGACGGUGUGGCUGUUAUGGGAUCCAUGAAUAUUGCCGAGUCUGAACAGAAACCCAGCAAAGGAACGAAGAAAGAGGACGAGGAAGGGAACGCUAUUUGUUCUGUGGUCGAAAACGAAUCGGGAAAGUCAACGCCAUUGUCCGACGACGUCGUACCAACACCGAGGCACAUGGAAUUCACUACCAACGCGGAGUUGAACUUAUCCUGCUGCAUUCUUAUGCUCGACAUAUUACUAAAACAGAUGGAGUUGCAGAACAUAGACAAGCACACAGGGAUCAACACGUGGGUCUGCAGGGACGCGUGUCGUUUGAUGAAGUCGAUCGUCGCCUCGAAUUGGAACAACUGUCACGUGUGCAACACGGACACCGAGUGCACCUACUGCGAGUCCAGCGUGAUCUGGCACCAAUUAUGUUUGCAGUUGGUCACCUACAUGGCACCGGAAAAUCCAGCUUAUCCGCCUGACAAAAUCGUGGACGAAACGGCGGAAGACCACGGUCGUAAAAGUCCCGAGACAUCGCGAAAAGGGGACUCCAAGUCCGACGUGGUGAUCAGUAUGCCGGUGGCGGAAAUGCACUCGGUCGGCGGCGUUCUCGCGCACAUGCCUCAGGUACACCCUAACGAUAAAGAUUGUUCUUUAUUUCGCUGACAAAUUUGAUAUGUUCUCUUGUUACACGAUCUUGUUACACUGCCUAAGAGACACAGCGUCUUUCUUUCUAUCUCUCUGUGCAACAACACUUUCUGCAACAACAAUAUACGCAGCAUGCUGUUCGUCUAAAAAAAAACAAAAAAAAACAAAAAAAAAAA